AUGUCAUCAACGUGGGACACCAUCAGCGCGGGAAAACACAGCGACAUGGCUCGCCAGCACGCGGCAUGUCUCCUAGUGACUGUGUGGAGAAUUUUCCUGUGUCAGAGAAGCAGGCUGACUGUGAAAAGCUUCUUUGUGAGGAAACGUGGGACAAUUGUCGACAAGAAACGUGAAUUAUGUCAGAAGGUAGAAACAAUUACUAAUGAGAAGGUAAAAUGUGAAACAUGUGGCAAAAGCUUCAGUAAACGGAGUUAUUUAAAGAUUCACUUGAGAACUCACACGGGUGAGAAGCCGUAUUCUUGUGACAAAUGUAGGAAAAGUUUCAGUGAACGGAGUUAUUUGAGAGUUCACACGAGAAUUCACACUGGUGAGAAGCCGUUUUCAUGUGAAUCAUGUGAGAAAACUUUUAUUACACGGAGUUACUUGACAAUUCACAUGAGAACUCACACUGGUGAGAAGCCGCCGCCUUGUGAAUCAUGUGGGAAAACUUUCGUAACUCUGAGUUCUUUGAAGAGUCACAUGAGGAGUCACACUGGUGAGAAGCCGUACUCUUGUGAAACAUGUGGGAAAAGUUUCGUUCAGCGGAGUCAUUUAACAAUUCACAUGAGAAUUCACACUGGUGAGAAGCCAUAUUCUUGUGAAACAUGUGGCAAAAGCUUUCACUAUCCAUAUUAUUUGAAGGUUCACAUGAAGUCUCACACAGGUGAGAAGCUAUAUGCUUGUGAAUCAUGUGGGAAAACUUUCGUGACAAUGAGUUCUUUGAAGAUUCACGUGAGAACUCACACAGGUGAGAAGCCGUAUUCUUGUGAAUCAUGUGGGAAAACUUUCGUGACACCGAGUUCUUUGAGGAUUCACAUGAGAACUCACACAGGUGAGAAGCCGUAUUCUUGUGAAACAUGUGGGAAACGUUUCGUUCAACGCGGCCAUUUAGUGAUUCACAUGAGAACUCACACUGGUGAGAAGCCAUAUUCUUGUAAAGCAUGUGGCAAAAGCUUUUACUAUGGGAGUUGUUUGAAGAUUCACAUGAGAACUCACACUGGUGAGAAGCCGUAUUCUUGUGAAUCAUGUGGCAAAAGCUUCAGGCACCAGAGUUAUGUGAAGAUUCACAUGAGAACUCACACUCGUGAGAAGCCAUAUUCUUGUGAAUCAUGUGGGAAAAGAUAUUCUUGUCCAAAGUUGUUGGAGAACCAUAUGAAAACUCAUAAAUAAUUGAUUUUGACAUUUGGGGUGGGGGGAGUUGAGUCACUUUGGUAUUGGGACUUUUGUCUUAGUGAUUUUUUUCCAACAAUAUGUUUAUUUGCAUUUUAUCAUUUAAAAUGACAUAUACAAUUUUUAACAGAACAACCUCUCGGACACAAAACACAGUUAUACUUAGCAUAUCAUAACAGCAAUACCUCCUAAUACAAGUAUACAGAGACUAAUUUGGAUUCAUAAAGUAGAACAUCAUCCUUCACGCAGCUCUUAGGUGUCAUCUUCUUCUUGAUCAUCAAUUAAAUCAAAAGCUUCUGCAUAGGCUAUAAAGGGUCUCCAAAUACUACCAAAUACCGUUUUUCCUCUAAGUCGUUAAGUGAUUCGUUCCAGUGGAAGUGUAGCCAGCAUGUGUUUAAGCCAUUGUCCAACACUUGGUCAACUGAUGUUUUUCCAAUGCAAUGCAAUCAGUUUCUUUGCUUGUAAUAAACAAAUAUAAAUUAAGUCUUUCACUUUUUUGUAAA